AUGUUGCUCCUUGUCUUGUUGGUGGGCGUACUGAAAGUCAUCGUCUUCGGGAGGGAGGGUGGGAGGUUGGAGCGGAGGAUCGUGUUCGUCAUCCGGGUCAGUUUGCAUAGUAGGUUGGUCAUCGUCGUGGAUGUCGUCGUGAUGUUGCUGGUCGACGUGGACAGCGGCAUAGGUUUGGUCAUCAGCAUAUAUGUCUUGGUUGAUAUCGUGUUCCCGUUCGAGUAUGACCUGAGCCAUCAGGGGCGAAAAUGUCGUAACGAUACGGUGACGGUGAGCGGCGAUGCAGUUUGGAAACGGAUGAGUGUGAUCGGAAGAUGA